CCGUGUUUCCACCCUCUUAUGUUUAUCUUUAUCGGAAACUUCUGAACUUUUGUGUCUAGUACUAGAUCUUUCUCUCUCUGAUCUCUGCCCCUGAUCUCUCCAUUGUGUUCCUCGAGGUCUAUCAAUGACCAUCUUUGAAGGCUCUUCUCCAGCUUCGUCUCUGAAGGAAACUUCCUCCACAUCAAGUCCGAGUAGUGUUCAGAUGGUUUCGAAAUCAGUUUCCGAGAGGCUGCUAGGGAAGUUCUUUGAUGCAUCGCAAUAUGACUUUGAUUAUGAGAAGAGUGGUUUGUGGUCUCCUCCAAUACAGCGUAGGGUGUUUUUGGUCGAAGCACCAGCUAAAAUAUGUUCCAAAGAUGAGAUAUUCUCAAAACUGAAGAAUGCAAAGAAGGCAUGGAGGUCACGCAUAUUUUGUUUCAAUUUUGUCUUUUGGUGCUCUUGAAGAUAAUCUUGGUGCCACCCUCACUAAUUCAGAAUCAAUGAUUACACCGACAAAGCCAUGUUUUGUCUCUAUAUAUGUGUAAUAUCCCAACUUAGCGAACGACGUUAAGUAAAGAGUUAG